AUGUCGGGAGUCCGCGCCGUUGCGCGCAGCGUCUUCAGCGCCACCCGGCGGUCGCUCCAGUCCCGUGCCUUCAUGUCAACGCGUGCGCCCGACACGCUGUUCGAGACGCCGUCGUUUCCCAUGCCCGAAGACCCGUUCUGCUGGCAGGACAAGUACCUGCGAGCGGACCCCUCGCAUCUAUGGAAAGUGGGCUCGUUCCCGCUACAAUCUGGACAAGCGGACGAGGAAGAAGCCGGUGUGCUCACGUGCUCCGAGGACCUAUGGGACACGUCCGGUAUGCUCAGUGCCUUGCAGGACGCGCUGCCAUUGCGUGAACUGGACAGCGGACGCAAUGGCGACGAGCUCCUGCGGCAGUUGAACGGGUACUUGGCGGACAGCGUCGUGAAGAAACGGCGAAAGAAGAUGAACAAGCACAAGUACCGCAAGCGCAAGAAAGCGCAGCGGAUGCGCACCAAGAAGAACUAG